ACCGAGGUUCUUACCUUGUGUGUGUUCCAGGGGAAGCCGGCGGGCUUCUGGCCUUUGUUGCCGAUGGCGCAAUCAGCCGCAAUGCUGCCUUAACGGAGGUAGCGCAUGCGCGAUAAGACGCCAGCGCCCAUCUCUCUAAUGGCGCCUACGUUUUCACGCUGCGAAUUUACGCACGCGCCUUUUCGCGCCGGUUUAAAAGGACGAGCGCAUCACAGGUCAGUUCCUCUUAUGAUUUCAAACGAACUGGCUGGUGUUCAUUUCUGGCAAGACAAGACUGAGGAAUCUGUGUGCACCUGUAUUCUCGAUUGAUCCCAGGUACUGUCAAUUAUGAGCUGCAGACGCUCAGGCUCCAGGGGGAGUCCCCCAUUAAGAGAGGAAUCUCAAAGAAGGAAGACUCCCAGAACUGAUUGUAUUGCAUGCGGAGAAGCAGCAAUUCUAGGCAAAAGGCUCUGUGAGAAGUGUCUGCAGGAAGUGGCUGGGCCCUCCUCUGAUCAACUGCACUCUAUUAAAGACUGGAUGCAGACUACCAUAAAAAAAUCUAUGAGUGAUAUGGUCAAUGUAGUUACUGAGAAAGUACUACACAAUCUAGAUGAAAGACACAAAGCGCCCUCCUCUAUGACUGAGGUCAGUGGCAGACCUCACAGGAACACGCACUACUCCAGUGUUUCUGAAGGGGAGCUAUCUUUAACCGAUCAAGAAGAAGAAGAGCAGUCUGAAGAUACCUGUUCUUUCAACCUUGAAUACCUAGAGCCACUCAUCAAAGCAAUGAGAUUUUCUCUGGAACUUGACAAUACUGAGGAUACUCCUAAACAUGACAAAAUGUUCAGAUCAGCGGUCAAAAAAGGAGAAAAAUUCCCGGUACACAGAGUCAUUAAAGAAACCAUUUUAGAGGAAUGGAAGACGCCAGAUAAAAAACUUAAUUUCUCCAGAAGACUUAAAAAGAUGUAUCCAUUCGAAGAAGAGGACUCAAAACUCUGGCAAGCCUCCCCUAAGGUGGAUGCGGCCAUCACUAGAGUGGCUCGACGUACUACCUUGCCUGUGGACGAAGGAGUCUCGCUAAAAGAUGCGAUGGAAAGAAGACAAGACAUGACACUCAAAAAAUCGUAUCUAACAUGUGGAAUGUCCAACCAAGCCUCCAUAGCCAUUACCACUCUGGCCAGAGCCAACCACAUUUGGAUAUAA